GGGAAGAAGAAGAAAAGGCUCUCUCUUCUUCCUUCCUUCCUCGCAUACAAAAUGCCAAUGCCGAUGCGAACGAUGCUGCUCCGCCACCUCAGUCCCGCCCCCGCCCUACCCAAUCCCCGGCGCUCCUCCGCCUCCUCGCCGCAGCGGAGACCGGCGAGGGCCCGGCCACCGCCGCUGCAUUCCGCCCGCGCCACCGCGCUCCGGGCCCGGAGGACGCCCAUGGCGGCCGGCGAGACCGGCGCCUCCGUCUCCGUCUCCGCCGCCGAGGCCGAGGCCGAGGCCACCCAGGCGUUCAUGCCGGACGCCAGGGCGUACUGGGUGACGAGCGACCUCAUCGCCUGGAACGUCAGCGAGCAGGAAGCGGCGUCCGUCUACCUGUACGCCAGCAGAACCGCCGCGAUGGGCCUCUCGCCGUCGAAUGGCGGCAUCCAAGGCUACGAUUCCAAGGUUGAGCUGCAACCGGAGAGCGCCGGGCUCCCGGAAACCGUGACCCAGAAGUUCCCUUUCAUCAGCAGUUACAGAGCGUUCAGAGUCCCGAGCUCUGUCGACGUCGCCAGCCUCGUGAAAUGCCAACUGGUCAUCGCUUCUUUCGGUGCUGACGGGAAACACGUAGAUGUUACAGGACUGCAGUUACCUGGCGUACUGGAUGACAUAUUCGCAUACACAGGACCGCUCGGUGCGGUUUUCCGCGAGGACUCCGUGAGCCUGCACCUUUGGGCUCCUACAGCUCAGGAUGUGAGUGUGUGCUUCUUUGAUGGUCCAGCGGGCCCUGUGCUGGAGACGGUUCAGCUCAAGGAGUCAAAUGGUGUUUGGAGUGUUACUGGACCAAGAGAGUGGGAAAACCGGUAUUAUUUGUAUGAAGUCGACGUGUAUCAUCCAACUAAGGCGCAGGUUCUGAAAUGUUUAGCUGGUGACCCGUAUGCUAGAGGCCUUUCCGCAAACGGAGCGCGGACCUGGUUGGUUGACAUUAACAAUGAAACAUUGAAGCCAGCUUCCUGGGAUGAAUUGGCUGAUGAGAAGCCAAAACUUGAUUCCUUCUCUGACAUAACCAUCUACGAAUUGCACAUUCGUGAUUUCAGCGCCCACGAUGGCACAGUGGACAGUGACUCUUGUGGAGGUUUUCGUGCAUUUGCAUAUCAGGCCUCGGCAGGAAUGCAGCACCUACGGAAAUUGUCUGAUGCUGGUUUGACUCAUGUGCAUUUGUUGCCAAGCUUUCAUUUUGCUGGCGUUGACGACAUUAAGAGCAACUGGAAAUUUGUCGAUGAGUGUAAACUGGCAACAUUCCCUCCAGGAUCAGAUAUGCAACAAGAAGCAGUAGUAGCUAUUCAGGAAGAGGACCCUUAUAAUUGGGGGUAUAACCCUGUACUCUGGGGGGUUCCAAAAGGAAGCUAUGCAAGUGACCCUGAUGGACCGAGUCGCAUUAUUGAAUACCGUCAGAUGGUCCAGGCCCUCAAUCGCAUAGGCCUUCGUGUUGUCAUGGAUGUUGUAUACAAUCAUCUAGACUCAAGUGGCCCCUGCGGUAUCAGCUCAGUGCUUGACAAGAUCGUUCCUGGGUACUAUGUUAGAAGGGAUACUAAUGGCCAGAUUGAGAACAGUGCAGCUAUGAACAAUACAGCAAGUGAGCAUUUCAUGGUUGAUAGGUUAAUCGUGGAUGACCUUUUGAACUGGGCAGUAAACUACAAAAUUGAUGGGUUCAGAUUUGAUCUUAUGGGCCAUAUCAUGAAACACACCAUGAUGAGAGCAAAAGCUGCUCUUCAAAGCCUUACAAGGGAUGCACAUGGAGUUGAUGGUUCAAAAAUAUACUUGUAUGGUGAGGGAUGGGACUUCGCUGAAGUUGCACGCAAUCAACGUGGAAUAAAUGGAUCCCAGCUUAAUAUGAGUGGAACAGGGAUUGGUAGCUUCAAUGAUAGAAUCCGGGAUGCUGUUAAUGGGGGUAAUCCAUUUGGUAACCCACUACAGCAAGGCUUUAAUACUGGUCUGUUCUUAGAGCCGAAUGGGUUUUAUCAGGGCAAUGAAGCAGAUACCAGGCGCUCGCUCGCUACUUACGCUGACCAAAUACAGAUUGGACUAGCUGGUAAUCUGAGGGAUUAUGUACUAAUAACUCAUACUGGAGAAACUAAGAAGGGAUCAGAAAUUCACACUUUCGAUGGAUUACCAGUCGGCUAUACUUCGUCCCCAAUAGAAAUAAUAAACUAUGUUUCUGCUCAUGACAAUGAGACUCUGUUUGAUGUUAUCAGUGUAAAGACCCCAAUGAACCUUUCAGUUGAUGAGAGAUGCAGGAUAAAUCAUUUAGCCUCCAGCAUGAUGGCAUUAUCCCAGGGAAUACCCUUUUUCCAUGCUGGUGACGAGAUACUAAGAUCUAAGUCCAUUGAUCGAGAUUCAUAUAACUCUGGUGAUUGGUUUAACAAGCUUGAUUUUACCUAUGAAACAAACAAUUGGGGUGUUGGGCUUCCUCCAAGUGAAAAGAACGAAGAUAAUUGGCCCCUGAUGAAACCAAGAUUGGAAAAUCCAUCUUUCAAACCUGCAAAAGGACACAUUCUUGCUGCCCUAGACAGUUUUGUUGACAUCUUGAAGAUCAGAUACUCAUCUCCGCUUUUUCGUCUUAGUACAGCAAGUGACAUUAAGCAAAGGGUUCACUUUCACAACACAGGGCCCUCCUCAGUCCCAGGUGUCAUUGUCAUGGGCAUUGAAGAUGCACGAGAUGAGAAGCCCGAGAUGGCUCAGUUAGAUGCGAACUUCUCUUAUGUUGUAACGGUCUUCAAUGUGUGUCCGCACGAAGUAUCCAUGGAUAUUCCAGCCCUUGCUUCAAUGCGGCUUGAAUUGCAUCCUGUGCAGGUGAAUUCAUCAGAUGCUUUGGUGGGGAAAUCUGUGUACGAGGCCGCGACGGGCAGGUUCACCGUGCCCAGAAGAACCGUGUCAGUCUUUGUCGAACCUCGGUGUUGAUGCCUCCUUGGUUUCAACGCAAGGAUCUGUUCUACAAGUUGUCGAAGCGACCGAAGAUCUUUCUGUUUUCGUGUUGAAGUAAAUAAUAACUGAAGAAUAAGAGAGGAGAGGCGCUGCUGCCUGCGGAUUACACUGCUGAAGGAACAAACCCAGGAAUAAGAAGCCUGGCUUAUGUAUAUGUAUGUAUAGUGCCCAAGCUGCCAAGUCAUGGCUUUGUUUUCUGAUCCAUUUUGAUUUUAUAUAUCAAAAGGAAAACAUGUAUAUCGUGUUAUAACUUAUAAGUUUUGUAUAACAUGCAUCUAUUAUAUAAGGAAGCAUAAUGAUUUGUAC